AUGAAGUUUUUUAUUUUUGGGGUAUUAGUAGUCUGUUUCUUAGCAAAUAAUUUAGCCGAUGCUAGAGCAAUUUCACAUCGCUUAAAAAAGAGAAAUGCUGAUCCAGAACCGCAACGUCUUCCACCACCACCUGGCGGAGCACGUCCACCUCCACCACCUCCUGGAGGAGCACGUCCACCUCCACCACCACCUGGAGGGGCACGUCCACCUCCACCACCACGAGCGGGAGCAGCGCCACCACCACCACCGCCACCAGCAGGAAUAGCACCUCCACCACCGCCACAAGCAGGAGUAGCACCUCCACCACCCCCACCACCAGUAGCAUCGCGCCGCGCUUGA